GUAUGGCGGCCGCCUGCGGCAGCGGCUUCAUUUCCACCGUUUGGCAUCUUCCGUCUCCUGUCCGCUUGUGAUGUCCGCUUCGCCGGGGCCUAAUCCCGGCAUGAUUGGCUGACAACGGCCGGGCCUAGACACCCGGGGCAGGACUCAGCGGGAACUCUCCUCCUUCCCCCCGACACAGGGCAGCGGCAGCAACCGGGGACAAGAGCCAGGCCCCGACGUAUCCCCCGCCUGGCACUGGGGCCCCCGCGCAUAGGAGGAUAGGGGCAGGCCCUGGGAUAAUGCGCCCCCGGGGCACCCCAGCAGCGCAACAACACCCCGAGAGGCAGUAGCAGGAGCCCCAGACAGGCAGAGAACCAAAGCUUUAUUUCACAUUGAAAAGAGCUACGUGACGGUGACAAUGUCGAGAGCACCCACGCCACCUCCUCCUGCUGAGAUGUCAAGUGGACCUGUAGCUGAAAGCUGGUGUUACACGCAGGUUAAAGUAGUGAAAUUUUCCUAUAUGUGGACCAUAAAUAACUUCAGUUUUUGCCGAGAGGAAAUGGGAGAAGUUUUAAAAAGUUCCACUUUUUCGUCAGGGCCAAAUGACAAGAUGAAAUGGUGUCUACGAGUAAACCCAAAAGGAUUAGAUGAUGAGAGCAAAGAUUAUCUGUCCUUAUAUUUACUACUUGUCAGCUGUCCAAAAAGUGAAGUCCGAGCAAAAUUUAAGUUUUCUCUCCUCAACGCUAAAAGGGAAGAAACAAAGGCUAUGGAGAGUCAGAGAGCUUAUCGGUUUGUCCAAGGCAAAGACUGGGGCUUUAAGAAGUUUAUUAGACGGGAUUUUUUACUUGAUGAAGCGAAUGGUCUUCUACCUGAUGAUAAACUUACACUUUUUUGUGAGGUAAGUGUAGUUCAGGAUUCCGUGAACAUAUCGGGCCAAUCCAGUACAAACAACUUAAAAGUACCAGAAUGCCGCCUGGCGGAGGAUUUGGGAUGUCUCUGGGAAACGACGAGAUUCACGGACUGCAGCUUGUACGUAGGAGGACAGGAAUUCAAAGCUCAUAAGUCUAUUCUUGCAGCUCGCUCUCCAGUAUUUAGUGCAAUGUUUGAACAUGAAAUGGAAGAAAGUAAAAAGAAUAGGGUAGAUAUUCAAGACGUAGAACCUGAAGUAUUUAAGGAAAUGAUGAGAUUCAUUUACACCGGCAAAGCCCCGAAUCUUGACAAGAUGGCUGAUAACUUGUUGGCAGCAGCAGAUAAAUAUGCACUGGAACGGCUAAAAGUCAUGUGCGAAGAAGCCUUGUGUAGUAACCUCUCAGUAGAAAAUGUUGCCGAUGUUCUUAUACUCGCUGAUUUGCACAGCGCUGAGCAGCUGAAAGCACAAGCAAUAGACUUUAUAAACAGAUGUAGUGUUCUUAGGCAAUUGGGUUGCAAAGAUGGGAAGAACUGGAAUAACAAUCAAGCUACGGACAUAAUGGAAACGGCGGGUUGGAAAUCCAUGAUCCAGUCCCAUCCGCAUCUGGUGGCCGAGGCCUUUAGAGCGCUAGCUUCUGCACAGUGCCCACCUUUUGGCAUCCCGCGGAAACGGCUAAAGCAAUCGUGAACUGAUGGCUGGACUCGUAGAGGACUGGUGGACGCUCGGUGCGUCGA